AUGACCACCAUCAACAACGAACUCAACAAACUAUCAACCCAAGUCUCCAAGCACUUGAAACUAGUAGACGAAAAAGUGUUGAAAACAAACUAUGGCCAAUUUGACUGGAACUUAAUCAAGCGAACACCACAGUUUCUCAAGCUGAAGAUCAAAUUUCCUGGCAGCGGCCAUGCUACCGUGGACGAAGAAUUUGAUCUGAUGGAAAACACAGUGAGGCACCAGGAUGAAGCGUUGAGGUCAGUGUUGAGCUACUUGAAGCAGUUUUUAUGGAGCUUGAAUGAGUUGGUCAAUGACUCUGUUCAUGUUAGUGAGCAGUUCCACAACUUGAUUGAUCCAUAUAGUAAUUUCAAACAUGACGCCGCCAAGAUUGAUGCUGCGUAUGACUUGUGGGCUUCCAUGGUUCAAUACAAGCAUCUCAUUAUGAGCGUUGACAUGAAGAUGGAAAUUGAUGCUUUGAAUAAAGGCACCGUUGUCAAGUUGGAGGCGGUGAGCUCGGGGAUGUUGAAGAGUGUGUUUAAGAGAAUUAGAGACCGCCAAUUCAGCUUGUUGGAUUACGAUAAUUAUCGCAGCGAGCAUGAAGCACUCUUGGCUAGGCAACAACUGGGCAAGGAGCAGUUGACUUUGAAGCAGAGUAACUAUGUCUACACUCUCGAGAGGAAAGUCGCUGAGUGCAAAGCCAAGUACGAGAUUCAAAAUGCAUUGCUAAAGAAGGAGCUACCGGUGUUUAUCCGGUUGGUUCAAACGGUUAUCGAUUAUGCUGCUGUUGAUAUAUACUUGAUCCACCUUCUUUAUUGUUACAAGAUCACCACCGAGUUGCAAAAGGGGAAAAUCAAAGUGGCAAGCUCAAGUUCAAGGUCAAGUGACGCAUUGAUUCAAGAAAGCGAAUCAAGAUAUGCCGAUAUAUUGCCUAAAAUACGCGAGUUGAAAUUGUUUUCACCGAAAACCAGUGGCGGGGAGCAAAACUUGACUUGCGAGUCAUGCAUCGCGUUGUAUGAUUUUGAUGGCGAGCAGGACGAUGAUCUCUCGUUCAAGAAGAAUGAUAGGAUUAAGAUCUUGGAGACGGAUGGCAAUUGGUGGAAGGGGGCACUUCAUGACAAAACGGGCAACUUUCCUUCAAAUUAUGUCACCCUCUCAGCAUAA